AUGUUCGCAUAUAAGUGUCUAGAGAUACACAGAAAAGAAUUUAACUUGAGUCAAGGAAAUAAUUUUGAAAAAUUUAACUUUCUCGAUUUGAUAUCAAUUAAAAAAGUAACACAAACAUCUAUGGCCAAACUAGUCAAUAAUACAAGAAAAUUAUGGUAUGAUGUGCCAUUAUUUUAUCAUAAAAGUUUCAUUUUGUAUAUUGAACUGGGAGGUGCAGUGGUAGUGGUAGAGCUUGACAUCGACUUAGUUCGAGGCUGCUCUUGGCGCGGCGGGACUCUGAAAUACAAAAAGAAGAGUUUUCAACUAGCUGCAGCUACGUCUCGCAUCUCUAGCCCUGUAUAUCAGACGUUACAAUAUUUUUUUUUAACUAUCCAGGAGUUGCAAAAUCGAGGCCUCAAAAAAAUACUGUUCCAUGGCAGACAGUUAAUCUUGUUAUAUAAAAAAUAUUUAUUUAGGCGUGUUAGGCUAAUAGACCGGGAACUUCCGAGUUUUAAUUUAUUGAGAACGAUAGGUUUGUUUCAAUAA